AUGGAGGACUCUUUUGAUGUUCACGGACGUGCACUUGCUGCGAUCUUGCAACUGCCAGUGCUGAAUAGGGACGAGAUCCCAAUUGAGGACUCGUGCCCCAUAUGCUUGAAUAGUCUCGGGGACAUCUGUUCUGGCUCCAUACAGAACGAAGGGACGUACCAAGAAUACCAUGCAGAGGCGGCCCAGGAAAUACCUCUAAGUGGCGUUACGAAGCUCGUCGGCUGCGGACAUAUGUUCUGCCGAGUAGAUCUAAUUGAAUGGAUCCGUUGCCUGCACGGCACCUGCCCCACUUGCCGGCACCAAUUCGCGAACAUCCGUCCGGUCAGCGAGUCAGACAAUGAAUCUUCCGACGGGGACUACAUGCCCAAUGAGGACGAGGAGGAAGAGGACGAAGAUGACGGCAACAUCACAAUCGACGUCGACGAGGACGACUUCGAGGCGUUCGAGAUGGACAUGUCAUUCAUGGACACGGAUGAGGAUGAGACUGAGGAUUCAGCGGAGACCGGUUCGGAUGAUGCUGAGAGCGCACAUACAGCUGGGAGCUCGCGCACAAGAAGCGAGGAGGUGCCAAUCUCGCGGCUCGUUCGCCGCAACGUGACCGACUUCGUAGAUCGGGAUGCAUUCGAGCGAAUGCAGAACCCCGCACCCCCACAGGAUCCCGCGCCUCUCCAACCCAUGGCCACCAUCAACGGGCGCUUCCACCUGAACACUGCCAUACGGACCGCUCUCGACUUCGCCUCACGCAUCUCCAUCCCAACCAUCGAGUGGGUGUCGAAUGAGGAGGAAGACGAGGGAGACGACGAGGGUGGAGAGGAGGAGGACACAGAUGUAAGCAUGGAGAACUGGGGCUUGAGCGAUGGAGAUGGCUCCGAGAGCAUAUCGGAUGGUUCGAUGUUCGUCCUUGGAGACGAUAGAUCUUUUGGGCUGGAUAACGCAGAUAUUGCCGAAGUAGUCGACCUAUUCCGUAUCGACGAUGAAGAAGACGUUACAGAGGAGCAGAAGUAA